GAUGCUUGUACACAUUUUUGCUUCAUUAUAUUUAAAAUGCAAAAAAAAACUAACGGAAAAGUUAACACCGUUAACUCCGAUUUAUUUAUGUGAAAGAGUUAAAUAGUUCGGACUAUUGUUGUAAACUUUUUUGGUAGGUAUUAUUAUUGUAAAAUGCACAAAAGUAGUUAUUAUUUAUGUCAAUUUCGCCUUAGUAAUUUAGUACAUGCAUUUAGUUAUUGUUGCAGGCUUGCAGAGCCAACCUAGGAGUUUCCAGUUGGACAGAAGAGAGAGGACGGAGGACUGGCCAACCGCCGACGAGACAAAGGAAUAGGCCGAACAACAGAACAGCAGCAUUGCCGAUGUGCCGAUUGCAGAGACGGAGAAGAAGACGCCGGCAACUAGGAGGAGCGGUUGUGGGCUGGCCGGAGAGUAGAAGGACCACGAAGGCGGUUAGCUUCUGAAGACAUCAGUUACAAUGGUCCUACGGUGCAUCCUUUGUUUAGCCCUUCAUUCGCGACACUGCAUCAAAUCCUCAUUCUCAAACCCUAACACCGAAAUCAAGUACAAAAUUCCCCCCAUUUUAGCCUCCAAUUUCUCCACCUCCUUCCUUGUCACUAAAACCCCCAAGAAAUUCCGCAAAAAACGGAAGAAGAAGGAGAGUCCGAGAACCAAGCUGGUCCAAACCGAGCCAAACCUCUCCCCGCACUUCGAGAACCUACUCGUCCGCGACAACCACUUCCGGUUUCUCACCAAAACUAAAGACUUCCUCUCCAAACAGCCGGAACGCAUCCUCCGCCUGGACGAUGCUGGGAAACUCCACCAGCAGCUCGGCUUCCCCCGCGGCCGAAAGGUAGUAAAGUUCAUCCAACACCACCCAUUCAUCUUUCAGAUCUAUCGCCACUCCGACGGAAAGCUCUGGUUAGGUUUCACUGAAUUUAUGGAUGAAUUGCUGGAAGAAGAGUCCAGAAUCAUGAAUAGUAUGGAAGAGAAAAGAGUCGUCGUGGUCAGGAAAUUGUUAAUGAUGUCCAAGGAUAAAAGAAUGGCUCUCAGUAAGAUAUACCAUAACAGGCUUUUGUUCGGUAUACCAGAAGAUUUCCGGGAUAGGAUUGGGAAGUAUCCAGAUUAUUUCCGGGUAGUUGUCGAAAACGACGGGAAGAGAAUAAUUGAGCUCGUGAACUGGGAUCCGCUGUUAGCCGUGAGUGAAUUGGAGAAGGAAUUCUUGGUGGAUGAAGAUAAGGCAAAGAAGGCAUUUAAAUUUCCAGUAAAGCAUGGGAAGGCGUUGGAGCUGGAUGAAGAUGAUGAGAGGAGGUUGAAUCUGCUGAACACAUUGCCAUUGGUUUCUCCUUAUUCAGACAGUGGCGGUAAGAUGGAUUUGUGGACGCUGGAGGCAGAGAAGUUUAGGGUGGGAGUGAUCCAUGAGUUCUUGAACUUGACAUUGGAGAAGAGGGCGUAUAUACAUAACAUUGUGGAGUUCAAGGAUGAGUUUUGUCUGACUAAGCAUACUUACCAGAUGCUUAAGAAACAGGCUCGGACGUUUUACCUAGGUGGUACUGAGAUGAACUGGUGUGUCUUCUUGAGGCAUGCAUAUAGUGGGGAAGAUGGGAGUUUGAUCAAUAAGGAUCCUCAGGUUGUAUUCAAUGAGAAGUUGUAUAAAUUUGCAGAUAUGCAACCAUGAAUUGCAGGCUCCCAAUAAGUCAGGAAUGUAAUCUUCUACUUACUGUAUGCUAUUAUCCCGAGUGUCCCGGCCAUUUUAACUAGUCUCACAGUUUUUUGAGUUAACGGCCAAGUUUAAUACUACCUUCAUCCCGACAUAAGUUUCUCAUCGAAAAAUGAUACUGUUAUUUAGAAAAUAAUUAAAUUAGGUAAGUUGAGUAUAUUUUAGAAGUAAUUUUGAUAUGUAUAUAACAUAUUGAAAUCAUUGAUGCAAACAGUAUGUGGUCUUACAGGUGUAUUAAAUUUUAUAUUGGAUGACUAAUUUGUUACUCCCCGUAUCGAAAAGGUUGACCAAAGUUGACUUUCAUGUGGAUUAAUAAAGUAAAAACUGUGUGGUUGAAAUUUGUGCAGAGGAGAGAGAAUUAAUUUUAGCCACAUAUUUUUUACUUUAAAUGGAAAUGGCAAAUAUUUUUGGGACAUGCAAAAAAGGAAAUUUGGCCAACCUUUUCGGGACGUAGGGAGUAUUUAAGAGUGCUAAUUAUUUCCAAAAAUAGAAAUGAGAAACUUUAGUUGGAAUGUUCAAAAAAGGCAAGUGAGGGAAGCUUAAGUUGACACGGAGGGAUAUCUAUUAGCUCUGUUAAAGCCCCCUUGAAUGCAAUAGAGUGACAUGAUAGAGAUAGACAUUGUGCUUGACAUAUUGGUAUUGAAUUUCCUUUUCUAUUUUAGAGGAAGGGAACCAUUCCUAGGCAACUUUGAUUGCUAUGGGUGUUCG